GGAACCGCACCUCACUGCAACAGAAGCCAGCAACCGAUCAGCCAGCAGCACUGUUCCAUCGCCACCAUUUCUCGAUCGAGUCGCUAGUGUCGAGCCAGCAGUCAGUACCAGCAACUAGCGAUGGCGAGAGCGCCGGCGGCCGCCGCGUUGCUGGCGGCGGCGGUGCUGCUGCUGGCGUCGGCCCCUGCGCCGGCGUCCGCGGUGGACUUCGGCGCGGAGGACCUGGCGUCGGAGGAUGCGCUGUGGGCGCUGUACGAGCGGUGGCGCGGCGUGCACGCGGUGGCGCGGGACCUGGGCGACAAGGCCCGCCGCUUCAACGUCUUCAGGGAGAACGCGCGCCUCGUCCACGACUUCAACCAGCGGGACGAGCCGUACAAGCUCCGCCUCAACCGCUUCGCCGACAUGACCGCCGACGAGUUCCGCCGCCACUACGCCGGGUCCAGGGUCGCCCACCACCGCAUGUUCCGCGGCGACCGCCGCCAGGGCGGGUUCAUGUACGCCGGCGCCCGCGACCUCCCGGCCUCCGUCGACUGGCGCCAGAAGGGCGCCGUCACCGACGUCAAGGACCAGGGCCAGUGCGGAAGCUGCUGGGCGUUCUCGACGAUCGCCGCCGUUGAGGGCAUCAACGCGAUCAAGACGAAGAACCUGACGUCUCUGUCGGAGCAGCAGCUGGUGGACUGCGACACCAAGGCCAACGCCGGCUGCAACGGCGGCCUCAUGGACUACGCCUUCCAGUACAUCGCCAAGCACGGCGGGGUCGCCGGCGAGGACGCCUACCCCUACAAGGCCCGUCAAGCCUCCUGCAAGAAGUCCCCAUCCCCGAUCGUCACCAUCGACGGGUACGAGGACGUGCCGGCCAACGACGAGUCGGCGCUGCGGAAGGCGGUGGCGCACCAGCCGGUGUCGGUGGCCAUCGAGGCCAGCGGGUCCCACUUCCAGUUCUACUCGGAGGGCGUGUUCGCGGGGAAGUGCGGGACGGAGCUGGACCACGGCGUGGCGGCGGUCGGGUACGGGGUCGCCGCCGACGGGACCAAGUACUGGGUGGUGAAGAACUCGUGGGGCCCCGAGUGGGGGGAGAAGGGGUACAUCCGCAUGGCCCGGGAUGUGGACGCCAAGGAGGGGCUCUGCGGCAUCGCCAUGGAGGCGUCGUACCCCGUCAAGACCUCGCCCAACCCCAAGGCCGUCGUCGCUGCUGCCGGCGACGAACACGACGAGCUCUGAAUAUUAUCGGUCGUCCUGCGAGCAUCUGAUGACAUGAAUUACCCAGUGACUGAUGAAUAAGCAGCAUAUCAUACUCUAGUUAUUGAUGAUCGAUGUAUGCACGGACAGACAAGAUCACGCCAUGGACUGUGAAUUGGCAUACGUAACAUGUUAUACCCCAGCAGUAAUUUCUAUGAUUAAUGCAAUUCUAUGAUUAAUGUAAUUCAUGUGAAUUGCAUUCAGUAUGUAAUGUAAUUCAUUAAGACUUUGAAACAUCAACAAUUAUAUGAUUAUAGCACUGCAAA